AUGUCUUUUUCUUUUACUUUUCUGCCUUUGAAUGUUAUUGUUCGUUGUUUUGCGCUGGUUUCCAUCGGUGAUUUCUUUCUUUCUUCGAUUUUUUUUCCAUUUGCUUCGAUUUAUUCCCUCCUCUCUUUUGAAGAGAUUUAUUUUUUUCUCAAAUUCUUCGCUCAUUUUUUUUUCGUUGCUUACAUUAGCGACUUACUGUUUCUUUUCUUAAUAUUAACCCCCUAUAUCGCUUUUCAUGUCUGCAUUUCCUUGUUUUCUUUUAUUAUCAUUCUUUCUUUUCCCUUUCUUUCUUUCUUUCUUUCUUUCUUUUCCCUUUCUUUCUUUUUCCCUUUCUUUCUUUCUUUCUUUCUUUCUUUUCCCUUUCUUUCUUCGUUUCUUUUACCUUUCUUUCUUUCUUUCUUUCUUUCUUUCUUUUCCCUUUCUUUCUUUCUUUCUUUCUUUCUUUCUUUUUUCCUUUCUUUCUUUCUUUCUUUCUUUCUUUCUUUCUUUCUUUCUUUCUUUUACCUUUCUUUCUUUCUUUCUUUCUUUCUUUCUUUUUCCUUUCUUUCUUUCUUUCUUUCUUUCUCUUACCUUUCUUUCUUUUCCCUUUCUUUCUUUCUUUCUUUCUUUCUUUCUUUCUUUCUUUCUUUCUUUCUUUCUUUUCCAUUUCUUUCUUUCUUUCUUUCUUUCUUUCUUUCUUUCUUUUCCAUUUCUUUCUUUCUUUCUUUCUUUCUUUCUUUCUUUCUUUCUUUCUUUCUUUCUUUCUUAUUGAAACUCGUCUCUUUCCCUUUUUUAAAACGCUAUUUUUCUCUUUCUUACUUCUUUCUCUCUUUCUUUAUUUUCCUUGAAGCUCCUUCUUUUUUAAAUGCUACAUUCCCCCCACUUAUUUCCUUCAUUCCUCUUCCUUUCUUUCUUUCUUUCUUUCUUUCUUUUAAAGCUAUUCUUUAUUUAUUUUAUUGUCGCUACGUUUCUCAGCUUCCUGUAUCCUUUUCCAUUUCUUCUUUCUUUUGUGACACUUUUUUUUUGCCACCAUUAUUUUCUCCUUCUCUUUUUUUCCUAUUUUCCUUUAUUAUUCUUCAUGGCAUUCUUUCAUUUUCUUCCAAUUUUUCAAUUUAA